AUGACGGUUCUAGCCAUAGCCAUGGCUAUGCAAGAGCACCUGCGAGUGAAGGAAUGUCACCGCCAUGCCAUAACGGCUCUUGGCUACCAUACGGCUCGACGGGAGUGCCUCACUGGCUUUGAAGAUGGAGUGAUCAAAUGGUGGGACACGGAGAGCGGGCGCCUGUCCCUGCGCACCAAAGAGCAUGCUGGCUGGGUCACCCACUUCCUGUCGUGGUCACAGGCACGGCUCCUCUUCUCUGCUUCCAAUGACAGCUCUGUGCUUGUGUGGGCUGCAGGUGGCACUGUGCUUGACCGUCUCCUGCUGGGCUACCCUAUCUUCACCUUGGCAAUCAGCCUGGCUCGGCAUCUCCUGCUUUGUGGCAGCAAGGGACGCCUGAUGGCUUUCCCCUUGGAUGAAAAGAGAGACUCUGGGCACACGGUCAACAUGAGCCAGGGCUUUUCUGAGCAGACCCACACGGACAUCGUGUCCUGCAUUGCCUGUCUAGACAACCAAAUAUACACCACAGGGUAUGACAAGAGGCUGCUGAUCUUUGACACCUAUCAGAGUCCAGGGAAGAAGGGCUUGACAACCAAGCACUGUGUCUCCCGUGCCCACAAUGCAGCCAUCACCCAGCUGUUGUUGGUGCGCCAGCAGGAAACCACAAGGGUGCUCACGGGCUCUUUUGACCAGACAGUUGGCAUCUGGUCCCAGGAUGGGCAGCUGAUCCAGCGUCUUGGCCCCUUCACUGGAAACAUUACUGGACUGUGCUAUGUGGCAUCCGUUGGCGUCGUCUGGAUCACCAGCGGCACAUCCCAACCUACCCUCUAUGAGCCCCAGUCUGGGGAAAUAGUUUCGCCGUUCAUAUCCACUUUCCAGGGCAGUCAGAAGGAUGGGCCUGUUCUCCAGCAGCUCUUCAGCCUGCCAGACUCAAGGCAUGUGAUCGGCACAGCAAAGCCACAGCAAGUGCUGGUCUGGCGCUACAGUGAGUUGGGCUGCCUGACAGUGCUGCCUUGCAGACGCCCCCUCGAAUGCCUCGCCUACGCCAAGAAGGAGCCCAUUUUGCUCUUCAGCGGAGACAGCAGUGGGAUGUUGCAGAAAUGGGAAAGGAGCUACAUCUCUCCCUUCAUCUACAGCAGGGAGUCCUUUCGUGUAAGCAACGGCCAACUUCAGUGGCGAGGCCCCUUGGCACAGCAGCGGGAGAAGAACUGCAUGGAGGAGCUACGACCUCGCCCAGAUUCCCCCCGGAAAUGGGCAAAGGCCUCUGGUGGGCACCCAAGUGGCUACACCAGGCUCCAGCGCACAGCCAGAGUCACACCAAAGAACAGCGUAGGCUUCACAAGGGCCCUUUUUGCUGAACAGCUAGACAUUCUGGUGGUGUCUGCGACUGACGGGAACAUUUAUAUCUGGGAAUUUGAGAACUUGGUUCCAGGCGCUGAAUUCCCUGUCCAGCAAUGCUCACCUCCAUUGGACCAAGGCUCUAGAAUGCUAGCAGUGACCGGUGUCCAAGAGGAGAAGGCCCCGGACCCCUCAAGCUGUUCUGUAGCAGGCUUGACCUGCAGAACAGUUCUAUGUGGGCAUACAGGCAUGGUGACGGCACUUACCUUGGCAGGCAAUGACACCAGCACCUACUUCCCCUACCUGGUAAGUAAACAAGAGAACAGGUUUGGGGGAGAUCAUAUAGGGAUCUUACAAAUCAACCCAAAAAGAAGACAGAAGAGGUCACUAGUUUGCAUUAAAUUUGCAUAUGAUAAUAUAAUUCUAUGA